CUCGGGGGGCUCGCGGCGGCCCGCGCCAUGUCCACGCCUCCGCUGGCGCCGGCGGGGAUGGCGGGCGGGCCUUUCGCGGGGCCGCAGGCUCAGCAGGCCGCGCGCGAGGUCAACACGGCCACGCUGUGCCGCAUCGGGCAGGAGACGGUGCAGGACAUCGUGUACCGCACCAUGGAGAUCUUCCAGCUGCUGAGGAACAUGCAGCUGCCAAAUGGUGUCACUUACCACACUGGAACUUACCAAGACCGGUUAACGAAGCUACAGGACCAUCUUCGCCAACUUUCUGUUCUCUUCAGGAAGCUGAGAUUAGUCUACGACAAAUGCAAUGAAAACUGUGGAGGGAUGGAUCCCAUUCCAGUCGAGCAACUUAUUCCGUAUGUGGAAGAAGAUGGCUCAAAGAAUGAUGAUCGAGCAGGCCCACCUCGUUUUGCUAGUGAAGAGAGACGAGAAAUUACUGAAGUAAAUAAGAAACUCAAACAGAAGAAUCAACAGCUGAAGCAAAUUAUGGAUCAAUUACGAAAUCUCAUCUGGGAUAUAAAUGCCAUGUUGGCAAUGAGGAACUAAACUGAUAUUUAAAUUUUCUGCUCGGCAAAUGAUACAACAUUGGAUUUUUUUUCCUGUUUAAAAAGGAUUACUUAUCAGUUUUUAUUUUAAUCACUAGUACUAAAGUUUCUGUUUUCACUUUAAA